AUGGAGGAAGCAGAAGCUUCAACAAACCCAAAACCAAUGGCAAAGGAACCUGCUUUUUGCGAAGAGUGCAAAAAUCACCCAUCAAAGUACAAGUGUCCAGGUUGCUCACUCCGUUCUUGCAGUCUUCCAUGUGUCAAAGCUCACAAGCAACGAACUGGCUGCAAUGGAAAGAGAAACAUGACCAAAUUUGUUCCUCUCUCCGAGUUCGACGACAAUCUCCUCAUCUCUGAUUAUAAUUUGCUUGAGGAAGUGAAGAGGAUUGCCGAAUCUGCACAAAGAACAAGAGCUAAAUUAUGUGGUUAUUCUCAUUUUAAGUUACCAUUCGUCCUUCGAAGCCUUCGUAGUGCUGCUGCAAGUCGUGGAACAAAGCUAUGGUUUCAACCAAGUGGGAUGUCAAAGAGGGAAAAGAAUCAAACUCGGUAUAUUCAAAGGGAGAAGUUCAUCUCAUGGACAAUUGAGUGGCGAUUUCACUCAACAGAUGUGGUUAUAGUUGAUCAUGGAGUGAACGAAGAGAGGAACCUCUGCUCUGUAAUUGAGAACCAUCGGAAACCUGGCCCAUGGAUUCACCAGCUAAGGCAUUUCUCUGAGGAGCAGCUGGAAAAUCUCAAGUUUUUCAUCCGAAAGUAUCCAAAGGGACCCAAGUCACCUUUUCGUGAAUUAGAUACGAAGGCCCCAAUAAGGAAACAGUUGGCCAAUAUUGUUAUCGUGGAAUAUCCUGUAAUUCAUGGACCGAAGUCACCUUUCCGUGAAUUAGAUAUGAAGGCCCCAAUAAGGAAACAGUUGGCCAAUAUUGUUAUCGUGGAAUAUCCUGUAAUUCAUGUUUUUCUCCCUUCACAUAGCUUUGAUUUUGAAGUUGUUAGAGAAAAACAGAGUGUUAAUAGACCAGAGCUCAAGGAUUCUGGCAGCAAUGAUAACGGAAGCCCAAAAGGUGUUACCUUUCGUGAGGAGGAAAUUAAAGAAGACAACAACAGCGACCCUCAAGUAUUUGAUAUCUUAAAGCAUGUGAAUUCAAGUCCAAAACACCAAAUCCACGGUCAAAAUAGGUUUGAGAAAUCAUCAAAUAACUCAGCAAAGGCUUUGUUGGGGAGCACCGGAGCAGGUAAAAGUUUGCAGUCCAGCCCUCAUGCCAAGGAAUCAAUGGAUUUAGAAGACAUGAAAAUUGAUUUUGAUCAAGGUUUAUUAGAUAUAUUCUCAGAUAUCAUGGCAGAAAUAAAUGAUGAUGAUUUUCUUCCUUUGAGAGCUGAAUUUGGCAAGGAACCAGAAACACAAGAAAAAGGAAAACUUCCAAAUCCGAAAGAAGAUUGCUUUCCUGGAGAGUUGGAGGAAGGAGAGAUUGCAGAUUAGCUGAUUAACUUUUGUUUAGAAAAUGUUUAUUUACAAUCUGCUCUUCUUUUUUCUUUUUACGAAUAUAUUAAUCUUUUUGUU